CAAUUUUUCUUAUUUUUCAUCAGGUUCCUUUGAAAAUGCAGUAUUAGCAUGAAAACUUUUAGCACUCCCAAGUGGAGGGGAAAACCAACCUCACCAGAGCCCAACUGCUCACCACCAUCAACUCCACAAAAUGUCUCUCAAGAUGAAGCCUCAGAAGCUGGAAGGAAUGCUUCCCCUUUUCAUACAGGGAAUCCUGACCUCUCUCUUUGUGGAAUAUUUCAAAAGCUGGCCGUGAGAGACACACCCUACAUGAGACAACGGUUGUACAGAGAUGCCGAGUACAGCAUCAAGCAUGAGCUCAGAGGACCUGUUGCAGAAAGUGAAAUGGGGCUGGAUUCCCAAGGAGGAGAUGGACCAAAUGAUGACAUUGAGCUAGACAGUCAUCUGAUACCAUCUUCAGUCAAUUGUAUUGACCUAAAUCAGCAUACUGAAUCUGACAUGUCUCCUUUGCUGAAAUGUGACCUGGAUGCAGAGUCAGAUCAUCUCAACUCAGUAAAUGCCGAGGAGGACAUAUCUAGACAUGGGAGUGAUUUCAACAUCAGCCUUGGCUUUACUCCAGAAAAAAUAGAAAAUGUUGGACCUCAAGAAGCUUUCCCCUUGCAAAGUUCACUCUCUGGUGUAUCUUCAGAGCCUCCUCUUAGCAACUCAAUUGAGGCAGAAGAGAUUGAAAGGAUGCACCCAGAAACUACUAUUGAAGGAUUUUCAGAGUCUAAUGAACUAGUAAGCGGGUUUGAUGAAGAUUUUGGUUCCAAAACAUUGAUGAAACCAGGCUCUGAUGUUCUUCGUGAACCUGCUGAUCUGACAAUCCUCCAAGACUUUGAUCCCCUCAUAGCUCGACGUGAGUCAGUGAUGAACAGGCUUUCUUCUGUGAAAGCCAAAGAACAGGAUCUACUGAAGUUUGAUGAAUUUUCUCCAUUGAAACUGAUAAAAAGAAGGAGUCAUGGAUCUGCACAAGAGGAAGCAGCAUCACUUGAGGUACCCUUCUCUCCAUCCCGUCACAGCAGUGAUAGUAUUAUGUAUCACUCCUUGACUAUCAGGAGUCAAGACUUGGUUUAUCAGGAGAAGCUCAUGCAGAGAAAUAAGAAGAUUGCACUCCUAGAUGAAGAAAUUGCUUGGAUGAAUGCCCGAAACAAGGCGGAAAAGGCUGCAAUUGAGCAGCAGAUUGCUGAGGAAGAUAUCAUUCUUCAGAGAAGUGCCCACAUGAUCCAGGAAUAUCAACAAACCAUGGAGGAGAUUGCAAAAGAGAAGGAUAGGGUUGUCCAGGAGAAUCAGGCAAAGGAAUUGCAAGCCAUGAAAGAGCAGGAUCGAGCAGUAGAAGACCUGAAGCAAACUGAAGCUGCUUUCAAUGAUGUGCACAAGAAGUAUGAGCAAAAAAAGGCAUUUGUGUCUGCCCUGAAGAAGAAUGUCACCAUCCUGGAGUCUGCCAUCUCAGAGUCCUCAGAGCGCCUGGAAAAGGGAAAUGAGAAGUACGAGAAGCUCCGGGAGAAAGGGACCGAGGUGUUGGCAUCAGUGGCAGAGGAAAUGGGUAAAGUAACUGCCACAAGGGAAAAGGAAGUGAAUGUAUUGGAGUCUGCUCUGAGGGAAACUGAAGCAAAAAUUGCUGCAGGCGAGGAGGAAAUUCAGGAAAAAGAUAAGCUGAUUGAGGAGUUGAACUCCAUGAUUGAUGCCUUGGUGUCCAAAGCUCAAAAGUAA